GCAGAGUGGCAGGUUACAAUAUCGCUGCAUCUGGGCCGGGUUUACUUCUGUAUCUGCUCAUCCCUCGCGUAUGGAUUGCAGCUCAAUGCGGCUAGCCGUCCGUCCCGCAUGCCAUCCUUCCCGUCAAGCACCAUCUCCUCGUGCAGCCUCAGUCUCCACUUAUCUCAUCUGCGAUACGCCGCGGCUAACUCACAAUCUAUUUGCACCUGGGGCUGUCAAACUUUUGACAAUAUCUCUGCUCAGCCUAAGCGUUCAGACGGUCCGACGGCUUGCCACACGUAUGCAGGCGUGAAAGAUGAAGGCAAACUGUCACCCACGGAUUGUAAGGAGCAGAGUUUACACUGUUUUCUUUGACUAGAAGCUGUACUUUUGCUUUCGGAAAGGUUUGUG